AUGAACAACAACGAUCUGUUGCUACGCAUCUGUAAACAUGGCAAUGUUUAUAUGCUCCAACAAUACUUGGCGUGGACCAUGCAUCGACCACUGUCUUGCAGCAACCUUGUAUAUUUGAUCAAGGCUAUUGACGCUGGCAACGAACAGUUUGUGCGCCUGAUGCUCAAGGAACACAACAAGCGUACUUGGACAUAUGUUACUGCAUGCGACUUUAAGAGACCUGGCAUUUCAGUUGGCAUGCUGAAAUUGUUGCACGAGGAGUAUGAUAUACUCUUUAACGUCGAAGUCGGUCUAUGGAGCAAGGCACUCAUUUAUUCAACUAAAUGCAAUAUUAUGGAGAGCGUACAAUACAUCUUGGCCAACAUAUCAACGGCAUGGAGGGAGAGCCAUGCUGAUGAGGUCGAACAGACGAUCAUUAAUUGCAUGGUUCAAUGUGUGAAUGAUGAUAACAUACCCAUGCUUCAAUGUUUAAUCGACAUGGAGCCAACUACAUUCCAACAACACUGUGAAUACAUUAAUCACAGGGCGAUCCAGUUUGGCCAUGAGUCAAUCGUUCGGCAUCUCCUCACACUUCAGCCCAACAACAACAAGAUCUUGCUGGAGCUGCCGUCAGGCCCAUGCAGGAAAAGGUUUGCAGAGACAAGACUUCGCAAUGCAAUUCUAAUGGAUGAUGUUGAUGAAGCAGAUAGCAUCAUCACUCUGAUGACAUUCGAGCUUGGCCCUGACCUGUGCCAGAGUAUGUCCGUAGCAAUGGCAAAGAGAUUGUUCUCUCCACGACAACGAAUUCGUCUUAUCAUGUCUGGCGGAACACUCAGCAACAUGUUGAAUGCAAUUGGCAAGCGAGGCAGCUCAAUUACAGUUGACAUCAUAAACAUGAUCAUUGAUAACUGUAACCUGAUAUCACCGUCUGGCAUCCAAAACUUAUUGUUGUGGACAUCAGGCAAGUCUGCAUCGUUGAUGCAAAAGAUACACAAUCGAUUCAACAUACCCUACAACCUAGAUUGUUUGGCAAUGGCGCUGAAUCAUGGUUGUCUCGAAACACUGGCCAUCCUCUUUGAGCAUAUGGAAGUGCCUGUCACUGACAUUGAGCCACCAUUGGGCAUAAAGAGUGGACUUGAAGUGUUUAUCAAGGCUGCUUCGUUGGACAAUGUCAUCAUGGUGCUGGACAAACUGCCUUCAAUCAAAGUCGAUCAAACAAUGUGCCAUCACUCACUCUUCAAUCCAUCAAUUGAUGUGUUUGUUUAUAUCUUUAACAAGUUGGAGUUAUCAACAACUUUGUUAACAGAGUUAGUCAAAAUGUCCUACAAUCUUGACAAUCUUCAAGUGUUGAGAUAUCUUCAUCAACAUGUCCCCGCAUCAAUGAUGGCCACGUGUCUAGAGCCAUCACAAAAUACAUUGACGACAGCUGGCUAUGACAAUUGUCAUCAUGUACUAAAGUACUACUUUGAAGAAUCAACAACCUUCAACAAUAUGUCCAUUCCACUUCGACUUCGCCAACUCCAUUCACUUCUUGGCUUCGUACAACAUCUAGGAGCGACCAGGUUGAUCUCCCUAUGUACAGAGCUUAUCAACAAGUUGAUUGAGUUGGAUACCAGGCUAUACCAUCAAUAA